UUCGUAAGUUACAGUCGCAUUAGAGCGAGAUGGGAAGCGUUGUCUAUCUCUUUUUAUUUGCUGCAGCUAUGCUCAGCUUCACAAUGGCGGAAGAGACUGACCGAUGUUCAUUGCGUAUACAACGUGGACUGUGUUACGCCUCAUUUGAGAGAUUUGGUUACGACGCCGAUACCGGGAAGUGUGAGAGUUUUAUAUAUGGAGGCUGCGGAGGAAAUAACAACAACUUCCGAACGUUGGAGGAGUGUAGAGAGAGAUGCGAGGGGACCAGCCAAUAA